AUGGCCUCCCUGUCGCAGUGGGGGAGGCUGCUCUGUUGGGCAGCUUUAGGAUGCUGGAUCCUGUGGUGGCCCCAAGAGGCCGAGGCGCAAUUCCCACGAGUGUGUAUGACCGUGGAGGCGCUGAAGGCCAAGCAAUGCUGCCCGCCUUGGGGGCCUAAUCCCAACAACACGUGUGGUUGGCAGCAAGGCAGAGGUGUCUGUAGAGAGGUUCAAGUGGACACCAGACCCUGGGGUGGCCCCUACACGCUCCGCAAUGUGGACGACCGGGAACGAUGGCCCCUGAAGUUCUUCAAUAGAAGUUGCCAGUGCACAGGAAACUUUGCUGGAUACAACUGCGGGGAUUGCAGAUUUGGCUGGGCUGGCCCCAACUGUGACGCGAAGAAGCCUGUGGUCGUUCGGAGAAACAUCCACGCAUUGAGUGAAGAAGAGCUGGAACAGUUCUUGGAGGCUCUAGACCGCUCAAAGACCACCGUCCACCCUGACUAUGUCAUUGCUACCCAGCACUGGCUGAGCCUGCUGGGCCCCAGCGGAAACGACCCACAAAUUGUGAACUGCAGCAUCUACGACUACUUUGUGUGGCUUCAUUAUUACUCGGUCAGAGACACCCUGUUAGGACCUGGCCGACCCUUCACAGCAAUAGACUUCUCACACCAAGGACCCGCCUUUGUUUCUUGGCACAGGUAUCACUUGAUGCUGCUGGAGAGAGAUCUGCAGCGGAUGACUGGCAAUGAGUCCUUUGCGUUGCCAUACUGGAAUUUUUCGACAGGGAGAAAUGAAUGUGAUGUGUGUACUGAUCGACUCCUUGGGGCAUCAAGACCAGAUGAUCCAAAUUUAAUCAGCCAGAAUUCAAGAUUUUCACGUUGGGAAAUAAUAUGCAAUAGUCUGGAUGAUUAUAACCGUCUGGUGACACUGUGUAAUGGAUCCAGAGAAGGCCCCCUGAGGAGGAACCCAUUCAGCAAUAGCGGUGAUCGGCUGCCGACCACAGAAGAUGUUCGGAACUGUCUCUUGCUUCAUGACUUUGAUAAACCUCCUUUCUUCCGGAAUUCUAGUUUUAGCUUCAGGAAUGCUUUGGAAGGGUUUGAUAAACCAGAUGGAACUUUGGAUGCGCCAGUAGUGAGUCUCCACAACUUGGUUCAUGGUGUUUUGAAUGGUACUAGUGCAUUUCCUCAUGCUGCAGCGAAUGAUCCGAUCUUUGUGCUGCUUCAUUCCUUUACUGAUGCUAUUUUUGAUGAGUGGAUGAAACGGUUUCACCCCUCUGACAGCGCAUGGCCUCAGGAGCUAGCGCCGAUUGGCCACAACAGGAUGUACAACAUGGUUCCUUUCUUCCCCCCUGUGACCAACCAAGAACUCUUCCAAACUGCAGAACAACUCGGCUACAGCUACGCCGUUGAACUGCCAGAGCCUUUGCAAGAGGCCAGCGCUUGGGGUGUCAUGGUCGGGUCCACCAUCGGAGGCGCCCUGAUCGCUCUGCUGGUGCUGGUGGUGUUGCUGGUCGUCUUCCAGCACCGGAGGCACAGGAAGGGAUUUGAGCCCCUGGUGAACGCCAGGUUCAGCACGAAGAAAUACACCGAGGAGGCCUGA